AUAUUUUAAAAUAAAUUUAUAAGAACUUUCCUUUAAAAUCCCUCCGUUUAAUUUGAAUUGACCCAUUUCUGUUCUUCGUUAUCGUUCGCGUUCAUAAGCAUCUGUAGUUCUGAAUCACUUUAGGUGUCAAUAAAAUGGGAGGCGGUAAGGACAAGCAUGAUGGAUCAGAUAGCCAUGAUAAAGGAUUUUUUUCCCAUGGGCAUUCACACCCUCCAGGACACUAUCCACCUGAAGGCUACCCACCGCAAGGGUACCCUCCAGCUCCUGGUGCCUAUCCUACACAAGGGUACCCUCCACAGGGUUAUCCCCCAGAAGGUUACCCGCCAGCUGGGUAUACGCAUCAUGGUUCUUCUGCAUCUCACUCUCAAGGACAUGGAACUCACUUGGGAGCAGUGGUAGCUGGUGGUACUGUUGCUGCUGCCAUCGCCGCUGCCACAGCUUACGGAGCUCACCACAUGACACAUGAGAGUCAUCAUGGAGAAUACAAAGCACAUGGUCAUCAUGGUGGUGAGUUCAAGCAUCAUGGCAAACAUCAUGGUAAAUUCAAGCAUGGGAAGCAUGGCAAACAUGGAAACUUUGGAGGCAAGUUCAAGAAGUGGAAGUGAAUAAUGAUACAUGAGCUCUACUUAGGCUUCGUUUUAGACAACUUUCUUACUAUUUCUUAAAACAGCUUUUUAGUACAAAAAUUAAAAUCUUUGUACUAAAAAGCAGCUUUAAGAAGCAGGAAGAAAGCCGUCUCAAAUGAAACCUUACGCCGGUUCUUAAAAUCUUUCAACUUAUAGCUCGAAUAAUGUUUGUUUCCAGUACUUUAAAUCUUCGACAAACUUUCUGCAAGGGCAUUUGAAUAUCUGUGGUUUUCUUUCUUCUUUUGACUAUGCUUCAAAUACACACUCUUACUAUUGCUGACACUUUCUAGCUGGAUAUUUAUGUGGUUCAGACAA